CGUUUUAAACAUGGUGCACUUUCAGAUUUAAACCUCAGCUGGAUGUAUUUGUUCACUUAAAGCUGUGUUACACACUGCAUGGAAGGUGUGACGAUGAAGCUGAUGGACGAGGUGGCAGGAAUUGUUGCUGCCCGUCAUUGCAAGACCAACAUUGUGACGGCAUCUGUGGACGCCAUUAACUUUCACCGCAAGAUCAAAAAAGGCUGUGUCAUUACUGUUUCCGGGCGAAUGACUUUCACCAGUAAUAAGUCAAUGGAGAUUGAAGUUUUUGUGGAUGCUGACCCACUGGUGGAAGCUGAGAAGGGAAAAUAUAGGGCUGUCACAGCCUUUUUCACCUACAUUUCCCUGGACAAAGAAAACAAGCCCCUUCCAGUGCCUCCUCUGAAGUUGGAGGGUGAAGGGGAACAGAAGCGGUUUGAAGAAGGGAAAGCGCGCUACCUGCAGAACAAGGCAAAGAGACUCGCAGAUAAGGAGCGUCAACAAUGACUUUUACCUCACAAACACCACAUUGUGUUGUAGAAGAAAAUUCUGGAACAAUAGAGCCGCAAUGUACAACAUACUGUAUUAAGAACCUGUCUUUUCUCACAAAUGUAGCUCACUGAAUAGGAAAUAUAUAUAUAUAUAUAUA